AUGCUCACUUUGAGAUUCUUUCGCGCAGGACAGGAGAUGGUUACGAGUCCGACCAUGCAGGAGCCAAACUCCACCCUCCACUCUCCGCGUUACAGCGACUUCAUCCGCGAGCCCUCUUUCGCCAGCUCGAUGGGCUCUGUCAGCUGCCUUGAGAGGUCAAUCCUGUUGAAGAUGGCGAACCUUGUGAGAUGCAAGCUUGCGAUCGAAGCGUUUCCGAGGAAGAACGCCUCCACCCUGUACGAGAUCUCUCUUUUCUCUGAGGAUGGGAAGUGCAUCGCAAAGGUCAAGAAAUCUUACAAGGAGUUUCAGAAGCUCGAGAGGCUCCUGUGUGAAAAGUACUUCUACCUUCCUUCCAAGAUCAAGAACAAAACCCCUAUGGUGAAAUCGUCCAAGAGGCAAAUUGUUGAGAAGAACAAGCAGCUUAUCAUGUCCUUCAUCUCGACGCUGAUCAGCAAGGAGCUACUCGUCACGGACGCGGAUAUACAGCAUUUCCUCUCCCUCCCUGGCAAUCAAACCCAACCUUCUUGCAAGUUCUCGGAGAUCGUUCCCUCCUUGAAGCUCGCGCUGGAGCAUGAGAAGGUCGCGGCAGAGGCGGCAAGGAGGGAUGUGAGUGGUGCACAGCAGGAGAGGCUGCGAUGGGAGCAGCAGUCGCAAGAUCUAGAGGAGAUGAGGAUGCACAGCCAUGUCGCCAAGCACAUCUCAGAGGAGAUUAUGCUGGAGCUUGAGAGAAUCAAGAUCGAGGUUGUUGAGAUCGCAAGUCACUUGUCCAUGGAUCUGCAGGAUCUCGAAAAGAAGCGAUCGCAGCAACACACGUUCUUUCAAAGGAAAGCAGUGAGAGAGGCGGCGGAGGAACCCGACGGCCUUUUCGACUUGGGCAUCUCUCCUAUCAGAGUGCCAACAGACGAGUCCUUACACCAACAGAACCAGAGGAUAGCAGAUCAGAGCAGGGAGAUCAUGGAGCUGGAAGAGAAGGUCCGAUCGGAGGUAGGAGGAAGCGACAGCGACUCGAGGACGAUUUUCCACAAUGAGGAUGAAUUCUACACUUCUCUUGACUUCACGGAACAAGUUGGAUUGGGCCUCGUGCUUGAGCGAGACGAGGAGGGGAAGCUGCGGGUCAAGAGGAAGCUCAGCGAUCAACCGCAUGUUAACCUGGACGACGAGGUCCUUCAGCUGGACGGGGAGGAGCUGCAAGGGAGGUCAGCGGGGGAAGUUCAGAGACUGUGCGAGGGGGAGGAAGGAAGCGAAGUGAAGCUGAGAAUUCGGAGAUUCCAGCUGAACCCCUUCGACGAGCCGCUGGAGGUCGAAGUUGUCGUUACACGGAGGCAACUUGGAGGAGCGGGAGCGGGAGCAGGAGCAGGGGCAGAAGGAGCGGCAGCAGCUCCAGGAGAAAAGGAGGACGACGACGAUGGCCAAAGGAGCACUAGCUCCUCCCAGAUUUCCGAUCUGAUAAAAUUCACCUGA